GACGGGAGUGGGAAGUAGAAAAGAGGACGUGAGUGACAUUGAUGCAAGAACAAGUGUAUUUCAAGAGUCACUCCUCCACCAUGCCGCGCUCCUUCCUCGUCAGGAGCAAAAAGAAUAAUCCAUCUUCAGAGUUUCAUCCUCGGAGAAGAAACCCUGACGAUGUGAUCGGGAAAGACCCUCAGACUGAAGUCCGUUCCCCCGGGGAUCAGUGCCUGCACCCUCCAGGCCACACGUCUAUAUCUGGGAUGAGAGCAGAUGUUGGCACGUCGUCCCCGACUCGGUCGGCGGACAGACAUCAGGCGUCUGACAGAGAGCGAGAACUGGAGAGACUGGUCUUCAUGCUCCUCCACCACACGUCACAUAUGGACAUCAAAUAUCCAUUCAGCCAGUGUCCUCUCUGUGAUAAGUCUUCAGGCUUCGCAUCGAGAGUCGGCAUGCACGCUCACUCUGGCGACACCCCUCCUCUGUCGUCGGUGAGGUCGCCCACAGCUGCAGAAAUCCUGCCCCUGAGCUUCAGGGCGGUGCGAGGGCACAGGGAGCGCAACUUUGGCUGCAAAGUGUGCGGCAAGACGUUUAAGCGCUCGUCCACGCUGUCCACCCAUCUCCUCAUCCACUCGGACACCCGACCCCACCCCUGCCAGUACUGCGGGAAGAGGUUCCACCAGAAGUCCGACAUGAAGAAACACACCUUCACACACACAGGGGAGAAACCGCAUGUGUGCAAGGUGUGUGGCCGAGGGUUCAGUCAGAGCUCCAACCUCAUCACUCACAGUCGCAAGCACAACAGCCAGCAACCUUUCAGCUGCCCGCGAUGUCCUCACGGCUUCCAGCGCAGGGCGGACCUCCAGCGCCACCAGGAGACGCAGUGCGGCUAUGGAGGAGACGUGUUUGCGCACAAGUGACAUGUGCUGUGUGGACCAAGGAGUCGCAGCAAUCAGACGGAGGAUGCCAU